AUGGUGCAACACUUUAUUUCUGGCCAUGAUGGUAGAGAACUGGAUCUUCCCUUUGAAUUAACUGACCAAGAGCGGGAGACCAUUCUCUUCAAUAGAAGCAGUUUUAUACUUGGAAGGUCUGGCACCGGGAAAACUACAGUUUUGAGCAUGAAGCUAUUCCAGAAAGAGCAAUUGUUUCAUAUUGCUUCAGAGGGAUUAUAUGAAGUUGAGGGCCAUUCGUCUACGCAUGCUAGCCAGAGAAAUGAAAUUGGUGAAUGCACUGGAGAUGCAAAGGGAGCAUGCUUGCACCAACUUUUUGUUACAGUUAGUCCGAGACUGUGUAAUGCCAUUAGGCGACAAUUAUCUCACUUCCAAAGCUUUGCUUCUGGUGGGGAAUUUUUGGUAGAAAGCAGUUCACUAGAUUUGGAUUAUAUCGAUGACACGGUGCAAUUCAAGGAUAUUCCAGAUUCUUUUGUUAAUAUCCCAUCGAAGUCAUACCCUCUUGUUAUCACUUUUCAUAAGUUUUUGAUGAUGCUUGAUGGAACAGUGGGUAAUUCGUACUUCUCAAGAUUUCCUGAUGCACAUAAACCUUCAAGAACCGUUACCUUGAAAACCUUUAUCAGAUCAAGAGAGGUUAAUUAUGAGAGAUUCAUAUCAUCUUACUGGCCCUAUUUCAAAUCCCAUCUAAUAAAAUAUCUUGACUCUUCUGCAGUUUUUACCGAGAUAAUUUCUCAUAUAAAAGGUGGGUUAGAAGCAGGAAAGGCCCAUGAUGGUAGACUCUCUCAUGAGAACUAUCUUUUACUAUCUGAGGCUCGGGUGUCUACUCUUACCAUGGAGCAAAGAGACAGAGUUUACGAUAUUUUUCUAGAAUAUGAAAAGAAAAAGUUCAAGAAGGGUAAAUAUGAUUUGUCUGACUUUGUAAUGGAUCUUCAUUUUCGACUUAGAAGUGAAAGAUAUGAAGGUGAUCACAUUGAUUUUGUGUACAUUGACGAGGUGCAGGACCUGACCAUGAGACAGAUUGCUCUUUUCAAGUAUGUCAGUAAAAAUAUUGAUGAGGCAUUUGUUUUCUCGGGUGAUACAGCACAAACUAUUGCUAAGGGGGUUCAUUUUAGGUUCCAGGAUAUACGCCAUUUGUUCUUCAAGGAAUUUGUAUUGGGCUCUAGAACUGAUGCAACUGAUGCAACUGAUGAAAAGAAAGAGAAAGGAAAAUUAUCGAAAAAUUUUCAUUUGAGCCAGAACUUUCGCACACAUGCUGGUGUGCUUAACUUAGCACAAAGUAUAAUUGACCUUCUUUACCAUUUCUUCCCUUUAACUAUUGAUGUAUUGCACCCUGAGACAAGCCUUAUAAAUGGGGAAGCUCCAGUUUUGAUUGAAUGUGGGAAUUUCAAAGAUGCAUUGUCAACUAUUUUUGGAGAUAGCGAAAACGCCAAAGGGAAUGCUGGUUUUGGAGCGGAGCAGGUUAUAUUAGUGCGGAAUGAUUCUGCUAAGGAGGAAAUUUCUAAAUAUGUUGGAAAGAAAGCUCUUGUUCUGACAAUAUUGGAGUGCAAGGGCCUAGAGUUUCGGGAUGUCUUGUUGUGCAAAACACAAUGUCUUGUGGCUAUAACUCGUACACGGCAAAGGUUAUGGAUCUGUGAUAUUAUAGAUGAAGUUUCCAAACCAAUGUUGGAAUACUGGGAAAAGUUGUCCCUCAUUCAGGUCAGAUGUCUGCAUGAUUUACUUGCUCAGGGAAUGCAAGUUGCAAGCAGACGAGAUGAGUGGAGGUCACAGGGUUUCAAGCUCUUCUAUGAACAUAACUAUGAAAUGGCAAGGCUCUGCUUUGAAAAAGCAGGGGACAUGUACAAUGAAAAGUUUGCUAGGGCUGCUAGUCUUCAAGCAUUGGCUAAUAGUAUAUCCAGUUCAAGUCCUCAAAUGGCCAAAAAUUACCUUAGUGAGGCUGCUGAUAUGUUUGAAGGCAUUGGCAAGGCUGAAUAUGCUGCCAAGUGUUUUUUUGAAAUGAGGAGUUACGAAAGAGCAGGGAGAAUUUAUAUGGAAAAAUGUGGGGAACCUAUGCUGGAUAAAGCCGGGGAAUGUUUUUCUCUGGCAAGAUGCUACAAGAGUGCAGCUGAGGCCUAUGCUAAAGGAAACUAUUUCUCAGAGUGUUUGGCUGUAUGCAUUAAAGGAAAACUCUUCUACAUGGGUUUGCAGGUCAUCCAGCAGUGGAAACAAAACAGUAAGGGUGCUAUUAAAGAAAGUGGUGAAAUACACAGAAUUGAACAGAAUUUGUUAGAAGGAUGUGCCCGUCACUGUCAUGAGCUUAAAGAUCUCACAGGCAUGAUGAAGUAUGUUAGAGCUUUCCAUUCCUUUGAGUCGAUUCGCACUUUCUUGAGGGACUUAUGUUGUCUCGAUGAGCUUCUUUUGAUUGAAAAAGAAAAGGAAAACUUUGUUGAGGCUGCAAAUAUUGCAAAGAGCAUUGGAGAUGUAUCAUUAGAGGUUGAAAUGCUGGUGGAGGCUGGAUGUUUGGAAGAUUCGUCAAAGGCUAUUCUGCAGUAUGUGUUAGUCAAUUCUCUGUGGCAACCUGGAAGCGAAGGAUGGCCUUUGAAGCAUUUUAUACGAAAGAAGGAGCUUGUAAACAAAGCCAAAGUAAAUGCUGAGAGGGUUUCAAAGCAAUUUUAUGGAUUUAUCUGUGCAGAGGUUGACAUCUUAUCACAUGAACAGAGUACCUUGUUUGAGCUGAAUGAGUAUUUUAGAUCUUCCCAGAAUAAUGGAAGUGUUAGAGGUGAAAUCUUAUCUGCUCGAAAAAUCAUUGAUGCUCACCUUCAUUUAAUAAGUAUCUUGGAGGAUAGGGGGAAAUUUGAUUUAUAUACCUAUCUGACAACACAUUCAGAAGAAAGAAUAUCUCCAUUGAAACUUUGGUUCACUUUUGGAAGUUUUGGAACUUCUGGAAGGAUGAGAUUGUGA